AUGGCGCCGCCUGAGCGCCACGUGCCGGCUGCCAGCCCGUUGCACGCAGUCCGCGUGGCCGUGGCCAACCUGCGCGGCGAGGCCCGGGCCGCAGCGUUAGCCGCAGCGCCUGCGGUGCGCCGCGCCAGCAGUCUGGGGCAGCUGAACGCAGAGCUGGCAGCAGCAGCGGCACGCUUGGGGCAAGGAUCUGCGAUUGAAGUGGCCCCCGGAGCCACACCGAGCUCGGUCUCGGUGACCUUCCGUCCUGAGGAUGGUUGCCAUUUGGUGGCGGGUGCUGGAUAUGAAGCCUCCCCUGGUUUGACCUCUGCGGUUUCCCUCAGGGUUGAUGGCACUCCAGCAGCAGCCACAGCCGAAGAUGCACCUCCGCUGCACGUCUCGGCGGAAGGGCGCUUCUGCUUCGAGGAGGAUGCUUUGAGGUGCUCCUUGAAGGCCUCGCCAGCGCGAGUUGAUGGGAUGCCCUGCAUCCCAUCCUUGCAGCUGGGACUUGGCCUGGGCGGAGUCCUCGGAUUCAUGCGGCCCUUUGGCACGCACACCUGCGGCCAGCUGGUCUUUAGCGAUCUCUUAGGUCGACAUGCUCUUAAGCUGGGAGCCAGCAGUCGAGACUUGAGACCUCGGAAGGAUGAAACGGCUUUCCUGGAGCUCCCACUUCAAACGUCUAAGACCGCCCUGUCCUACCAGUUCCUGAGCUCUUCCGCGUCUUCACGCUCGGCAGUCUUUGCCGAGAUCUCAGGGCUUCUGGGCGACGUGAAGGUAGCGCGCUGUGAGACCUCGUACCAACAUGGCGGGGAGGCCUUGGGCGGCCGCUGGCGUGUCAGUGGGAUGCUGGGCGUGGCCCAGCCGCUGGGCGAGACGACCUUGCCUUGGGAGGAGCGCUUCUUCCUGGGCGGCUCCUUCGGUGCUCAGCGGCUCAUGGGUUUUGGGCCACACGGCUUGGGCCCUACGGCCUACACGGAAAGGGAAUCCAAGGCGCGGCUUGGCCUGGUGCAGGGCUUGGGUGGCCUUGGCCUGCAAAGGAGCGGUCCGAUCAUCGAAAAGACUCGCUCCAGCUUCAUGGGCGGUGAUAGCUGCGCCUCCUUGGAGGCUUUGAUGCAGUUCCCUCUGGGGCCACUGCAGCUGAUGACCUUUGGAGCUGCCGGGCUCUUGGUGAACCGCUCGCAAGUGGCAAGCCUCCCCGACCUCACUGGAAGCCUGCGAGCCAGCUUCGGGGCCGGCAUCGGAUAUCCCUUGCCGGGAGGUGGUCACAUCGCAGCGACCUUUACUUUGCCCGUGCAAGCCGUGGAGGGCCCCCGCUCAGAUCGUCGCCGCUACUGUGGGGGACAGGAGCUGCCACGCACAGCAGAGCCCGAGCAAGAAGAGCAAGUGGGCAUUUCUCAGAUGCAGGUUUAUCAGUUGAGGCCUCAUGGCUGGUGGUGGGCCCCGCUGCGUUCGACGGAUCCGAUUUCGCUGGUGCAGGAGCUCCAAGCGAGAAUAGAAGACCUGGAGGAAGCUGUCCAGCAGGAGCUCAGCCUGGCGAUGCUUGAGAAACUUGAGGAGGCUUUCAGCAGGCUGCAGCUUGCUGACGAUGCUCGUGAGCACGAGCAGAAGGACGGAGCACCGAGUAUAGCCAUGCAACAGAAGACAUCACAGCUACAGGAAGAGGUGGAGUUUCUUCGAAGUGCCAAGUUCGAGGCGGAUGACAGGUGUCAGCAGCUGGAAGUGGAGCUCAAGCAGGCAAAGAACAGCGUGAGUGCUCAAGCGCUGCAGCUGGAGUCUCAAUUCCGAGAAAGCCAGAUGGAGCAGUUGCAAGCCGUCGACCAGGCACGAGGUGAGGCUGAAGCCUACCAGAGACGAGCGAAAAUGGCAGAGGCACAGCUCCAAACAGCGCAAGCAGCUGCCGAGCGCUUCUCCACCGAGUUCUAUCAACUGGAGGCCAGGUUUGCAGAAGAGCAGCUGAUCCGGAAGAAGUACCACAACCAGAUUCAGGACAUGAAGGGCAGUGUGCGGGUCUUCUGCCGUUUCCGGCCAUUGGCAAAGCGCGAAGAAGACUUGGGUGAUAUCCCUGUGCUGCACAAGGCCGACGCCUUCAGUGUGGACCUGCAGCGACUGGCGCCCCACAACGACACACGACGCUUCGAUUUCGACGCAGUCUUUGGCGGUGACAGCCCACAAGAGGAGGUCUUCCGCGACUGCGAAGACUUGGUGCAGUCCGUGGUCGAUGGCUACAAUGUCACCAUUUUUGCUUAUGGGCAGACGGGUGCCGGCAAGACCCAUACGAUGUAUGGGACCCAUGAUCAUCCUGGCCUUGCACCACGUUCUAUCGACUCCCUCUUUCAUUUGAUUCAUCGAGAAGAGCGCCAAGGGCGCAAAAGCUUCACGGUGAAGGCAUACAUGAUUGAGCUCUACAAGCAAGAGAUUUUGGACUUGUUGGUGGAGGCGAGACGAGAGAAUUCGAAAGAGAAGCAGUUGCAGAUCAAGAAGGAUGCUGGCAGGGGCAUCAUGUUUGUGGAGGGCGUUUGUGAGCGUCAGAUCCACGGCCCAGACGAGCUCAAGGCAGUGCUUGCGGAAGGUGAGAGGCGGCGGCAUACCGCAGCAACCGCGAUGAACACCAGUAGCAGCCGCUCCCAUUUGCUGCUCAGCAUCAUUGUGGAAGCCACCGCCAAGGACAACGACCAGGUCAUCUAUGGGAAGAUCACCCUUUGUGACCUCGCCGGCUCCGAACGGCUGAAGAAGAGCGAAGUGAGCGGUGAUGCUUUGAAAGAAGCCAUCGAGAUCAACAAGAGCCUCACGGCCUUGGGUGACGUCAUCGAGGCGUUGUCUAAGGGCAGUAAGAAUGUGCCCUAUCGCAAUCACAAGCUCACCAUGCUCAUGCAGGACAGCCUCGGCGGAUCUGCCAAGACCUUGAUGUUCGUGAAUUGCUCCCCGGCCAGCUCAAAUGCGGAGGAGACCUUGACCUCACUGAAGUGGGCCACACGUGCAAAGCAGGUGACUAAUGACGUGAAGAGGAAUGCAGAUUGCAAGGAGGUGGCGCGAUUGAAGCAGGUGAUUGCCAUGAUGAGCCAGGCUCAAAGUGCUGAGGAGCCACUGCGGAGAGAAGCCCCAGGCGGCAUUGCUUCCUAA